ACUGCCCGCAGCAAGGUGACCUCGGAGCUCUCAAUCGACGGAGUGCGUAUAGUACUCACGGUCCGCUCUCUCUUGUUCUUGCGGGUUGCCUUUCGGAUACCUUCUACGCAUCGCCUCAUGUUCUCACAGUUAUAGCUGUCAUAAUAAUUGCUGGAUUCAUCCGCCUGCCGUUCUCUACACCCAUAUCGCAACGGCCAUCUCGAUAGGACCGACAUCGAAUCCGCCAACAUGGCACCUUCUUUAAGUUUGCGACCGCGUACAGGCGCCAGUGAGCGUCCUCCCACGAGAGACAAUGCCGACCACAGCCUCAUCAUCCCGAGCCGAACAUCAUCGCUUCAUUCGAGGAUCACCCAACCGCUUCCAUCGACUUUGAACGUCAAGCAGGGCGCGAGGAGCCCCAAGACACUGACUCAUGCCUACAUGGUGUGCGGUGUUGGUCGCGAGCCAUCACAAUGGGUGAAGGCGCCUGCGCCCUCUCAGGGCAAGAUUGGCCACAUGAAGGGUGCCGUUGGUACCUUCUGGCUUCCUGAGAUUCUGGGAAGCAGCCCCAGACUGGAGCAAGAUAAUGAGAUCGCGAGGUCUCUUCACGCUGCCAUGCGAGCAUGCUUCCCUCACGAUGUCGAGAUUUGCACUGGCAGGAGCCAGCCGCACUGCGUACACCACUCCUUCGUCCUGCAACAAGAUUCUUCACAUACUCUUUACGGUAUCGCACUGCGCGUCUGGUCUCGCGCUGAUGAGAAGCGCGCUGAGACUAUCCGGGACUUGCGCAAGCGAAUCGAGCCCGACUUCUUCGACAACCCAGAUGAGACAUACUGGAUUCCGUACUGCUUGAGCUUCCUCUCCCGAUACCCCUUGUACAACCUACUCGGCGACUACCUGCGCGGCAUGUGGAUUCACUGGAAUAAGGCUACCAACCUUUUCCAUGCUGAGGAGGUGUCGCGCAUCCUCAGCUUCCCAGCUCCUCGCCUCAACGACCUGGUCCGCAUCGACAUGAAAGACUACGCGCUGUGCUACCAGUUUCCAUCCUCGCCUACCGGAUUCCAAAACUUCGCCAUGUGGCCUCUCUUCACGUGUCUCUCCAUUCCCAACAUUGUGGGUGUGAUAGAGGCUGCUGUAUCGCCCACACGACGAAUCAUCUUCACCAGUCACUACCCCGCGAUGCUCACCAUCGCAGCCGAGACAGUCCGUUUCUGUGUCAGGGUGUACGAGUGGAGCGGUCUGUAUGUACCCGUCGUUCAUGCGCGCCACGUCAAGGAUCUCGUGCAGGAGCCGGGUCCAUACAUUCUGGGUGUAACAUCAGAGUGCCGAUCGCUCUUCACGGCACCCACAGAUGCCCUUGUCGUCGACUUGGACCGGAACUUCGUCCUGACUUCAAGCCCGCCUACCGCUCUUACCGCUGGCCAGAGGACCAAGAUGAUCCAGCGUCUGACUCAGGCUCUCAACGGUGAGGUUUCACCAACCGGAGUUCCACAGCAUCUGCGCUCGGCGUACGGUGGCGGCAAGCUCAUCCCCGCGGGUCAGAUCAUUGUGAUGCGUGGCGAGGUUGAGAGCAUCCAGGACCCCGACUGGUGGAUCCAGGAUGCUGUCAUGUCGGUCAUGGACCACGUGUGUGAGAAAUUGGGCCGCAACACUGGCGUCAAGGCCAUCUUCGGUGGCUCCGUCAAGAAGCCGCUGAUGACCAAGGUGUCAAUGCGCCACCUCAACGAGAUCGUUCGCGAGCGCAAUCAAUACUCCCGUGACGCACAGGAAGCCUGGACAGACUUCAUCAACCUCAAGCAGCGCCUCGACAGCGAGCUUGGCAAGGUUACGAAGCGCAACAACUUCUUGGUCGAGGAGCUUGAGAGCUGGAAGCAGCAGUUCCUCAAGUUCCAGGCUUUCGCUGAGCAGCUCACCAAGGAGACCCAAGAUCUCAAGGUCAAGAUCGAGAACCACAAGCGUGAGAACCGUCGUCUUACAAGCCUUAUCGACCAACAGAAGGAUGAUGCCGCAAGGCUUACCGUCCGUCUGUCUGGUACCGAGAAGCAACGUGACGAUGCUCUCGAAGCGCUUGUACUGCAGCAAGAGAUCGCUGAGGAGCUCGAGCGUGAGAGGAAGAAGAACAAGAAGGAGCUCGGUGCUCUGCAACACACCAACGGUGCCAUCCUCCGCCAGCGCGACGAGGCGCAACGAGUCGUGCUCCACCUUCGUGCUCUCAUCGAGGGCCAGACACAUCACAUGGAGCACAUCGUCAAGUCGCUUAACCAGGACGACAUGUCCAACUACAUGGACGCCGGCUUCGAGGAUGUCCCUGAGGAGGAUGAGGACCAGGACCAGUUCGAGGACGCCGCAUCGCGCACUCAAACCCCCCGUCACUCGAUCAAGGACAAGUCUGAGGUCGGUACUAUCCGCGGCGUAGCUGGUGUUGAGAGCCGCCAGGAGUCAAGAGCCAGCACUGCGCAGGGCAAGCACCUCGACGGUGAGGACGUUACACCCGACAUGGAGCAGCGUCUAUUCAACAACCCCGCACGCAACUCCAAGCGCUUCUCAAAUCAAUCAAUGGUCGACGUCGCCGACCGUGUCCUUCGCGACAAGACCGACGCCAUUGCCUACAUCAUCCGCAACAUCUCAGAGCAGUGCGCCGCAGCUGUUGAGGGUCUUCAGCUCGCCCAGCGUGCCGACACAGAAGAUGGUGACAACCACAGCGACCGCCGCAGCAGCGUCGGUCAGAUGUCAUCGGCCGGAGGCCGCGCGCAAUCGACCAUUGGCAGCGAGUACGGCGACGAGGACAACAUGCUCCGCCCCAACCGGGGUUCAAGCAUCCCCCCAACGCCCGAUCUAAGCCAUCGGUCCAGCACCUCCAUGUCCAUGGCCAGUGCCAGCACAACACCAGACCGGACGAGCCUACAGCACCGAUCGCACGACAUCCCCGUCGUACCAACACGCAUCAUCGAAGACGAUGACGACGUAGACGGUAACAACGAUCUCGACGCUCACAUGGUUCCCGUGUCAAAGUACGCGCAACCACUCCAGCGACCCAACACCGCUGUACGCCACAACAUGCGAUAAGCUAGUAGUCGCCGCGGCUUGCCGCCAUUCUUCCUCUACUUUGUUUUAUCAUUAGCGAUCGAAACGAGAUUAGCAUUGAUGCCCUUUUCCUUACCAUGUUAUCUACCCCCGGCGUUGAACGGCUAGGGACCUUAUUUUCUUGUUUUGCACUUCGUUACUCUCCUUGAGAACACCCCCUUGUCCGACGACCCCCCUUUGUACUUUGGGUCAUUCCUUAUGUUUCAAUGAGAAGAGUUGUCGUCGUUGUGGAUCAUACCCGAACAAAGAUGGAUGGAUGGAAGCAACUCCAGUAUGUGGGUAUCAAGCCUAAGGAUAAGUAGUGGGAGAAAAACGCUUUCUGGGGGAUUGUAUUCUCCAAGGUGGCUGUUCUUCUUCUAUUGCGCUAGGCAGAUGGGCAGAUGGCUCUUGUGUAUGUCUGCUUGUAAUUUGUUGUUUUGUUAGGAUAAUACCACUUUCUCCUUAUGUUCCGAAUUACAUAUGAUCUACCUA